AUGGCACCACCGCGAUUCAACAACCGAAGAACCGUUCUCGCUCUUCGCCUCUUCAUUCUCUUGUGCUUAAUCUUCCAAACCUUCGCUCAGGAUUCUCUGGCGCAUAAUGAAAGGCAAGAGUCCGGCGGAUCUGCGGAUCUCGGUCGCCGUGCCAAAGUUGCGUUGAGUGAUAUAGAGAAUGCUGCGGUUCUUCCUCUUAGCUUGGAUUCCUCAGGUGUUGGACUCUUCGAUGCUUUCUUUGCUAGUCUAUCAAUGAUCCUUGUCAGUGAGAUUGGGGAUGAGACAUUUAUAAUAGCAGCUCUCAUGGCUAUGCGUCACCCUAAGUCAAUUGUUUUGUCCGGUGCGCUCUCAGCCUUGAUUAUAAUGACAGUACUUUCAACAGGACUGGGAAGGAUUGUACCAAAUUUGAUUUCAAAGAAGCAUACAAAUAGUGCUGCUACAGUUCUUUAUCUUUUCUUUGGGUUACGACUGCUGUACAUUGCUUGGAGAUCAGAUCCAAAAUCUUCACAGAAAAAAGAAAUGGAAGAAGUUGAAGAAAAACUUGAAGGUGGACAAGGGAAAACAUCAUACCGGCGGUUCCUUUCAAGAUUUUGUACACCUAUAUUUAUGGAGUCAUUUAUUUUAACAUUCCUUGCCGAGUGGGGUGACCGUAGCCAGAUUGCAACAAUUGCACUGGCAACACACAAAAACGCAAUUGGAGUAGCAGUUGGGGCCACUAUAGGGCACACAAUCUGUACCUCAGUUGCAGUUGUUGGAGGAAGCAUGCUAGCAUCUAGGAUUUCCCAGCGUUCUGUAGCCACUGUUGGUGGUCUUCUCUUCCUCGGCUUUUCUUUGUCUUCAUACUUCUACCCUCCUCUAGAUUAA